AUGGGUUGCACUGCGUGUAAAGGCGAAAGAUCGAUUGAUUCAAUUCAUGAAAAUGAAUAUAACUAUGUGGAGAUAGUGGAGCUCACCGAUAUUUGUGACUCACCGGUGGAGUAUAUUGUCACCCUAGAGCUGCCUGACCACCCGGCACAGCCACCUUCAUUUGAAUCUCCACUGUCUGCUGGAAAUGAAGAGGACCCUGGCUCUUCCCAUAACACCGGAGCAGCCAUUCCUCUUGCUGAGCCUGAGAGCUCUGAUCCAGCAGAGACUGAAACCAGGGAUACUGCCAGCCCCACCAAUCUCAAUUGGCUUUCUUUUGAUGCCAAGGUGGAGGUCCCUGGAAUGAUUAAUUCUUCAGAGGCCCUGGUGACCAUUUGCGUUAAAGCAAAUGCAUAUCAACCACCAGUGAUGCCAAUUUUUUCAGAUUUAGAAGCUCCUAGAAUUGAUGCUGGCAUGUCCAAUAACAGCGGAUACAUAGACCCCAUUCAGGAGCAAGGAUCUGAGCCAGAGGAGGCCACAAAGGAUGAUGGGAAUUCCACCUCUUCCAGUCAUCCUUUAGUACUUGACAUCCCUCAGUUUGGCUCAGAUCCAUGUGAUGAAACACAGGGCAUAGAAGGACCAUCUAACAGCCUUGUUGAGCCCAGAUCCCCCACCUCACUUGAAAAUUUCAACCUGGGACAAGUGUUGGGAGAAGGUGGAUUUGGAAGGGUGUUCCUGGCCCAGAACAAAAACACCAAACAACUAUGUGCCAUCAAGGCCUUGGAGAAGGCACAAAUUUUGGAAAAGGGCAACUUGAACAGUGUCUUCAAAGAGAAGGAGAUUCUACAGAGGAUAAGUCAUGCCGCACACCCGUUCCUGAUAACACUGCACGGAACAUUCCAAACGGAUUCUCACCUCUUCUACGCGAUGGAACAUCUACCUGGAGGUGACAUGUGUGAUUUCCUAAAUCAUGUAGAACUGCAAGAACCUGAUGUGAUGUUUUACACCGCAUGUGUAGUGCUUGGCCUGGAGGCCUUACACCAGAUCGGCAUUGUACAUAGAGAUCUAAAGCUUGAGAAUUUGCUGCUGGACCAGGAGGGAUAUCUGAAAAUCGUUGAUUUCGGCCUCAGCAAAGACAGAUUUGGAUACAGCGACCGUACGAACACCAUGUGCGGCACAAGAACCUACAUGGCCCCAGAGAUCUACAUGAAAAUAGGAUACGGCAUGGCCGCUGACUGGUGGGCCUUGGGAGUCACUGUAUACAUUAUGCUCAUGUAUGAGUUACCAUUCAACAGCGAAGAUCCAAUUGAGCUAAUGAAGAGCAUCCGUUAUGAUGAAAUCGAGUUGCCAGAAGACCUAUCAGAGGAUGUCUCUAAUUUUAUAUAUCAAGUAAGUUGGCCCUAGAACAUCAGUAUCACGUGCUUUUAGUGACUUUUUAUACUAAGGUCAUACACAUAAUAAUAUAGUUAUUAUUUUCACAACAUGACAUAAGUGUAUUACACAAGCAGCGAGUACUUUAGUAAGGGGGGUGUUAACUUAAUCUCUGUUUUUUUUUGCAGCUCAUAGAAAAAGAUCCAGAAUAUCGGCUUGGAUCUGGCGAGGCUGGUGCUGAAAUGAUCAAAGAGCACCCCUUCUUCAGAGAUAUGGACUGGGAACAACUUUUACACCGAAAAAUAAGGCCUCCAUUUGUGCUAAACCACCAAGGCCAUCUGGAGAGCUUGAACGACCCUGAAUGCCAAGCUCCAGCACUGACACCACUUGCUGUAAGGAUUCCAUCAGAGCUGCAGGAGGCAUUCAGAGGAUUCGAUUAUACACCUGAAUAAACAUCAAAACAACAAAUAAUGGUCGGUAUGGACGGGGUAGGUGGAGGGCCAGUCCAUAUUCUCUUAAGAAGUGCCAGCCGUAUAAACCAAGCUCCAGCACUGACACCACUUGCUGGAAGGAUUCCAUCAGAGCUGCAAGAUCCAUUCAGAGAUUUGACACCUGAAUAAACAUCAAAUAAGGCGUUGAACUCCACGGCGCAAUGUCUUCUGAUCCGACACACUGAGAGGAAACGCAAGCGACCAGUCUGAGGCUCCGAAUACAAUGUAAGUUAUAGAAAAUCACAUCUACAAACUACAUACAGCACAACUGUCGGAUGACAAUGCAGCGUUCACAUCCAACAGUUGUGUCGUUUCGGAUGCAUGUAGUUUGUAGGUGCUAUGUUUCUAUAACUUACAUUAUAUUCGGUCGCCUGCGUUUCCUUUCUGCACGGCUGAUUGGAAGACAUUGCGCCGUGGAGUUAAAGGAGAAGGAAACCCCCUGGGCGCAAAACC